GAUCGAGAAGUCGAGAUUCAGAGUUCAGACUGUUCAGAGAGAUUUUCGGAUGUAUAUAAGAUUUCUAACCUAUAUGAGACAUUGAAAAUAUAAUUUUAAUUGCACGUCGCGUUUUAAACUUUUGCAUGGAUAUAUCUCGUUAUAUAUAUGACAAAUUUUAUAUAGCUUAUAAGCUACUUUAACAAUGGGAAAAGUUUAUUCUAUGUUAAUACGACCUAUUCGCACGUUCAAUAUCGAAAAUCGUGCGACAAGAAUCAUAUCUCGAGAGAAACCUAUACCUGCACCUCAAUAUCCAUCCACUGAAAGGCAAAAGAAAUUGUCGGAAGAAGUAAAUCCAAAUUUCAUAAAAGAACAUUAUCAAAAGAAUAUGCAACUGGAUCAACGCUUAAAAGAUGUUUUUGUAACAUCAACAGACCCACAAGAAGCAAUUGAGCCAAUGAGAGAACCAAGGCUUUUACCUCAGAACAGAAUUACACCAGAAUAUUCACUUGAUUUUUUCGAACCUACAAUGAUUCCUGCAGGAAAGUGUUCAUUAAAGCAAAUUUUAGAAUUUAUUAUGCAACAUAAACAUGAUCCUGUAACAUAUAACAGUGAAAACAUAGCAGUUGAAUAUAAAAUAGAUAAGAAAAUAGUAGACGAUAUAUUAAAACAUUUUAAACUUUAUACAACUGCAGAAAGUUCACAAACAUUAAUAGAUGAUUCAUUCCAAGAAAUGUUUGAUGAUGCUAUGAAGGAAAAAAAGAGGAGGGAUCUUCUAGAAAAAGAAAAGUAA